GAAUGUAAAAAAACAUUUGUACUUACAUGAGAUUUAUUAGUUUAUAAGGGAUUACAGGGAUUACAGGGAUUUUAUGACAUUCUUUUUAAGCAGAACUGGAUAUUGGAUAUUUGUUUUUUUACGGGAAAAAUAAUAACAAUACAACUUUUCACUGAUAUGCCAUUUUGUCUCAAUAAAUUCAUUUUUUUCACAUUGGAAAUUAAUGUAUCAAGAAGCCCGCUGUGUUUUUCGGGUCCGUGCCAGUCCGAAUGUGAACUUCCGGAACGAUCGGCUUCUGUCCGACGAACAUGGCUGCCUCGUGGGUGCUCAGGAGAUGGUGCUCCACCUCUGUAGCAGAAGCAGGAGCAGCACCCGUCAGUGGCACCCGAUGGGAGAGGUUGAAAAAUAGCAAAGUGUGUGGUUUAGUGGUAUGUCGUGAGAUUGUGGUGGGCGCGUGGGAGAGGCCAAUCAAAGCUUCCAUCUAUCUCAGCCUUCUGGGUGGAGCCGGCACCUGCGUCUACACAAAUCCCGACGGCGCCUCCUUUGAGACCACCGUCCUGGAUACAGCCAAUCAGCUCGGGCUCCUGACGCCGUGGAUACGCAGUGGAACAUCGGAUGGGUACAUGCAGAAGCUGGCGAAGCUCAAGCUUCGUAACGAGGGAAGGUUACAUCACCUCAGCCUGGGAAUGGUCUCACUCACCUAUUUCGCCGAUUACAACCCAGACGCCAGUCUUUACGAGGCCCAGUGCUCCAACCUCUCUGUCCGCUGGAGGGAGCUCCACACGUGGGUACUGGACGUUGGCUUCGCGGGUCGCUGGUGGAUCCUGGACCAUAAGAUGAAGGACUAUGAUGUGAACGACGAAGAGUUCAAGCACCUGCCGCCUGCUAUGGCCACCACAGUGCCCCCUGGUGUCCAGGGGGUGGAGAAUAACGAGAGGCUGCACAAAGAGUCAUGGAUGCCUCUGAAGACGGAGGAGAAUGAGGAGAAGGAAAAGGCAUCGGCAGCCGUAGAGGAGGAGGGAGGCAUUGUAGAACAGAUAAAGAUGGGCAGUUUAGAUCUUGUAGAAACAAUAAAAAUAAAGACAGGCAUUGUAGCUCAACCACAGGAGCUACCUGACCCAGAACCACAGGAGCUACCUGACCCAGAACCACAGGAGCUACCUGACCCAGAACCACAGGAGCUACCUUACCCAGAACCACAGGAGCUACCUGACCCAGAACCACAGGAGCUACCUGACCCAGAACCACAGGAGCUGACAGAGACUGAGACGGAGACACAGGAGUAGCAGACACAAGCUCAAGCAAAGACCUAAUGUGUCAUGGACCAAUGGACUCACACUAGCAGGACAAUGACUGGUGGACACAUAAUGAGAUGGCUGAACAAGAAUCUCUGAAUGGACAUAUUUAUUUAAUGUUGACAAGAUGGUAUGAGAGAUGUGUAUAAGAGUACCUUCUGCACUGUGUAACGUGUUAUAUAGCGCCCAAGCCUAUUAACACUCUGGACUAUAGCUACACAUGACAUGAUGAUAAAGGGUCUCCUUUAUAAAAUACAUUUCUCUUAACAGUUUACUAAUGAUACUUAUUUGGUAUAUAGUGCUCUAUACUGAGAUAUGAUAAUUGAUCCCAUGGUCAGAAACCUGUUAAAGAGAUUCUCUAAAUAGCCACUACAAACUUCAACUAACUUGAUAUUCUCUGGCACUUUUGAAUUCAUUUUAGCCAGUAGUUCUGAAAGUAGAGCUCACGAGCUAAAAGUGGUCCCCGGAAAUUGCGUACUACGUCACAUAUGUGCACCAUGUCAUUGCUCUCGCUCUGCUGUGUGUGCAUCUUGUUAGCUGUCACUCAAAUGGCGAGGGGCUGAAGCUCAUUAGCUAGAACUAGAAUUGUUAGGGGGUUGGCCCAGGUGGGGAAAAAUGUAGGAAAAUGGCGACGCACAGCUUCCAGAAAAACAGUUGCUUUCAAACUAGAGAUUUCGUGGUUAAUUGAGGUGAAACAGUAAUUCUGCUCAUAGAUUAUACAUGUAUGAACUACACAUUGACACAUCCAGCCCAAAGCGGUAGGUUUAAAAAAUACUUAGAAGUCGCCAAAGUUCCGGCGCACAUCUUUAACAAUACAAUAAGCCUCCUCUAAAUGGUCUGGAUUUAUCGUUUAUGAAUUACUGUCAAAUUAAAGUACUAUUGUAAUGAA